AUGAUGCUUGCCUGGGGAACUGCAUCUUGGGGCCAGGCGUGGAUGCACGACCGAACUUCGUUUUACUUGGGCCGCGCAGCCAUCGGACUUUGCGAAGGUGGUUUCAUCCCCGGUGUGAUUUUGUUUGCGACCUAUUUCUACAAGUCCAAGGAGCUUUCUCUACGCCUGGCAGCCUUCUGGUCGACACUCAACAUCGCACGUGUCAUCUCGGCCUUGCUCGCGGCGGGGAUUCUGGAGAUGCGCGGUGUUGGUGGAAAGCCAGGUUGGUUCUGGUUAUUUCUCCUCGAAGGGCUUUUGACGGUCGUCAUCGCCAUUCUCUCGUACUUGUAUUUGCCCACCGCGCCGACAUCCACCAAGAAUGUGCUUUGGCGUCAAGGUUGGUACACUGAGCGGGAAGAAGUCAUCAUGGUCAACCGUAUACUCCGAGACGACCCAGCCAAAGGCCUUACUGCUCUCAAAGAGCCAGCAACAUUCAAAGACAUCCGCGCGGCCUGGUCAGAUUCCUCCAUGUGGGGUCUAUACUUCAUCGGUCUUGUCGCUUACAUCCCUGCUUCGCCGGUGCAAGGAUACCUCACUCUCACGCUCAAACGCCUCGGCUUCAGCACCUUCAACAGUAACAUGUUGACGAUUCCGUCUGCGGCUCUCCAGGUCGUCACUAUGCUAGCACUGGCAUACUCAAGCGAUUACUUCAACGAACGUACUUUCCACUGCAUAUUCGGCGAGUUCUGGAUCAUGCCGCUUCUCAUCGCGUUGUUGACACUGCCCGAUGGGGGCCGUGAAUGGGGCCGCUUUUCCCUAAUCACGCUGAUCUCCGGAUACCCAUAUUUCCAUCCCUUGGUCUCCUCUUGGAUAUCCGAGAACACUUUUGACGUUAAGAAACGUGCAAUUACGGCCGCAACGUACAAUGUCAUUGUGCAAAUUGGAUCUCUGAUCAGUUCACAAAUCUACCGCAAGUACGAUGGCCCGUACUACAAGCAGGGAAACUCUGUUCUUGUGGCUAUAUGCGCACUGAGUGUCAUUACUUUCCUUGUGCAACGGCAGACUUUGGUCCGUCUCAACAAAAGGAAACAGAUACAGUGGGAACAGAUGACUUCGGAAGAGAAGGCUCUGUACCAAGCAGACAUCAUCUCCCGAGAGAAAGAUGGCAACAAGCGGUUAGACUUCAGGUUCACACUCUGA